AUGUCAAGUGCUCAGAGGAUAUUUUCGCCAAUAUACACGCAUCUUGACAAUGACAAUCCCUCGCGUGCACUCAAGGAAUGCGAGCAAGUCCUCAAGAAGAUCACCAAGAAAGGCGCUAUCGACAAGGAGGGCGAAGUAUGGCUGACGACGAAUGUGCUGAAGGCAAUUGCUUUCCAGCGCUUGAAUAGAGUCGAAGAAGCUUUGCAAGCUGCAGCUAUUGUCUGCGAAGCCCAGCCCAGUGAUGAGACCAUCUUGCAGAUGCUAGCAAACGUUUAUCGUGACCUGGACCGUCCUGAAAUGAUGUGUCCAGUCUAUGAAAACGCAUUGAAGACGAACGAAAGCGAAGAGGUCUACACUCAUACUUUCAUGGCAUUUUUGCGAAGCUCUGAUUACGGAAAACUUAAACAGAUUGGCGGUAAACUCUUUCAAAAGUACCAAAAAUACCCGUAUCUUUACUGGACAGCGAUGGCGGGAUUCUUACAGGCGAAGGGCUGUUCUGACGAGCGCAUGAAGAAGAUGAACCUCGAAAUUGCAAAAAGAACGAUCCAAAAGAAUUUAGAGGGUAUCGAAACGGAGCGACAGGUCAAGCUCUAUUUGAUGAUUCUCCAGGAACUCGAGGACUGGGAGACGAUGUCUGCUGCAGUUGAAAAGUACGAAAAGCUCUUCACCGAGACUCUGUUUUGUUUUGAUCAGUUCCAGAUGAGGGCAUGGGAAGCAACUUCACAGCCGAAAAUGAUAUGCAGAAGAGCUAUGGAGAGAGUCGAAGCCGACCCUGACGACAUUGGAGCAUGGAAGUUGCUUAUAAAAACAUGGUUCCGGAAUCAAAAAGCUGUGGAAGAUGAACUGGACAUAGUUGGUCUUUUUACAAAGUUAAUGGGGACCGAGAAACAAAAUACAUUUCAAUUCAGAGGGCCCGAUUUAGCUAAAUUUAUGUUUUCUGAAUCCUCUUGUUAUGUUUAUUGGGGCAGCUGUCAGCAAAUGAUCGAAGAUUACUGUUUAAAAUGGAAGAAAAAGAGCUCGACUGUAUUUGAUAUGGAGUUAUAUGCCGAAGGCCUGAUGACCAAAGAAAAAGCAGCAAUCAUUGAAAAACUCAUCGAAGAAGAUGAUGAAGUUCCAUUUUUAUUUGCUAGCAAGCUUCCCAAAACACUCAAAGAGCUUGACGCUUACUGCGCCGCUCACCUUUUACCCUAUCAACUCGCGUUGUCUUGGGGAGUAGAUAAAUACAUUACAAAAAACAAUUCAAAGAUGCUUGAAUCAAUGGGAAGCAGUCUCUACGAAAUGGGAAAGGAAACGCCAAUCAUUCAAGAGCUCAUGGACACAGAAGGGCGACCCUGGGAUCGCCACUUUCUCGUCGCCGCGCUAAUGGUGCUCAGAAAAGACCAAAGUCGCUCGUCAAUUAUUAGAGCACUCGCCAUUCUCGAUCGUGGAAUAAAGUCCACUGGAACUUGCCCCGAUCUACUUUUGCUAUCCCUGAAUCUUUAUGCUCGACUUGACUGCAUCAAUGAAGCCAUCAAGCUUUUCAGGACUCAUUUGGACAUGAAGUCCAUACAAAACGACUCACUUGGAUACGUUAUCUUUCCUCAUGUGUUUCAGCUCAACCCAGAAGCUGCUUCGGAUCUUUUGGACAACCCGCUCACAUUUUUCGCGAAUUCCAAGAAGGACACAACGGAAGCUGUUAUAAAAUGUUUCAGAGAAGGAAACUUCGCUCAAGUUGAAGACAUUUCUAAGUUCCGAGACGCCUUGAAGAACUCAAUCAUGAGAAAACUUCUUCAAGUCGAAAACCUUGUUACUAGCGGUUACUAUGGGAAGAAACUCCUGUCCGAGUUGUCAGACUCCAACGCCUCUGAUAAUAGAGACUUUGAUGCACUGAAUUGGUGGGGGCCAGACCGAAAAAGCCGAAUCCGGGAGCUGAAAAAGCGAUCUUUCGACGACUUAGAACACUACAUCCGUUUCCGAACUGGCUGCCUGGAGUUUCUCCAAGGUUCGGAGAAGGAUCUCGAUGAGCUUGAGAAACUCGCUGUAGUUAAACCCUUCGAAGAUUCGGAAAUAUCACUUAUCAGUGGCUAUCAUAAGAUGCCUUCAACAUUGCCUCGAAAGGUGACCAUUAUGACCCUAAAGUUGCUGAAAUAUUUCCGCAAUCGGCUCGUCGAGAAAACUGGUGUAAGGCCCGAAGUGGCACAACUCGAGAAGUAUAGAAGAUGCUUGCGUGAAUGUGUAGCAGGCGACGAGCUGCGUUCCCGAUGGUUUAUUAUUGAAAGUGUUAUGUUCCUGCUCAACUUUGUUAAAUCAAACGAACAGAGCCUGAUGGAAAUUAAGAAGGGAGGAAAGAAGAUUCCAAAAGCGACUAAGGAAGUUUUUGCUCAAUUCGUUGACCUAAGUGAUUACUUAUGUUGCGACCAAAUCAGAGAUGGGUUUAUGGGAGACGCAGUUGGACUAGACUCUCUCUCCCUAGACGAGGAUGUAUCUGAAAUUGCUUCCAGGGUCAAAAAUGACCAAGAAGAAGUGCGAUUGACGCUGAAUGAGAUGUUUACAAAGUACAGUUCAAAUUUAUCCCGGCAGCUCGCCAAAAAAUAA